GCGGGAGAAAAGAGAGGACGCGGCGAAGAGACGCAGAGAAGAGUUAAAACAUAAACAAACGAGUUUAUUCUGAGCUCCCCACGACCACUUCAGGAGCAGCGCAUCCCGUCGGACUCCCGAGCAUUAGUUCCAGCAGCAGAAAAGAGUGUGAAAGUUGGGAGCAUGCAGUCCGUGUUCAGACACCUGAUCAGCGCGCUGCUGCUCUGCAGCCUGCAGGUGAACCAGCUGGCCGAGGGCUGCUCCUGCGCGCUCACGCACCCGCAGGACGCCUUCUGCAACUCUGAAAUAGUGAUUCGAGCAAAAGUGGUGGGCAAGAAGCUCCUGAGAGAUGGUCCCUUUGGAACAAUGCGCUACACAGUCAAGCAGAUGAAGAUGUACAAAGGUUUCGACAAAGUCCAGCACGUGCAGCACAUUUACACGGACGCCUCCGAGAGUCUGUGCGGCGUCAAGUUCGACAUCAACAAGUACCAGUACCUGAUCACAGGGCGCGUGUAUGACGGCAAGGUUUACACGGGACUCUGCAACUUCAACGAGCGGUGGGAGCAGCUCUCUCUGGCGCAGAAGAAAGGCAUCAACCACCGCUACCAGCUGGGCUGCAAGUGCAGGAUCAAGCCCUGCCACCACCUGCCCUGCUUCGUGACCUCCAAGAACGAGUGCCUAUGGACGGACAUGCUGUCCCACUUCGGCUACCCGGGCUACCAGUCCCGGCACUACUCCUGCAUCCAGCAGAAGGAGGGCUACUGCAGCUGGUACCGGGGCGUCUCCUUCCGGGACAAAACCACCAUCAACGCCACGGACCCCUGAACCCCAGCGCCCCCCCCCGCCCCGACCCCGCUCCGGACUCCGUCCCGUACCCUGAUCACUUCCCAGAUCCUCGGCAAGAGGAAAAGAGUAAAUGUAUUAUAGUGCCUGUUCGUAGCACUUCUGAGUUUCUGUUUUUUUGUUUUCUCCCCCACGACUCUACAAUCAACAGUCCUGGGAUCCAACUUCUUCUGGCCCAGUAGUGUUAAAAAAGAAGGAUAAAGACAGGGCCAUUAUGAAGUACACAAUGAUAAUAAACCUCGAUUGGGAUCUUCAAAAUCAAAAAGCUGAUCUCCAAAAAAUUACUUUGUACGAUACUGUCACUGGUUUCUAUUUGCAGCCAGUUUUUUUUUUUCUUUUUUUAAGGAUUGUCGAAAUAAGCGUCUUGAGUUAUUUGGAUGAAAUUCAAUUAGUGAGAAAAAAAAGAUCCAAAAUGAAGGUAAACCGGAGAUGCUGCAUAUCCUUCCUGCACGGCGAGCAAUAGUGCCGACGCAACUUCGGUGUGUAAAAUCUGUAAUUGGUGUCUUUCUUUCUGCUUCCAAACACGUGAAAACGUAUCCUGCCA